GAUGUGCGUACUUCACAGGCGCAGUGACUUCGUGGUUCCGAAGUUUCCAGUGUUUCCACGUGUUUUUUAAAUCUUCGAGAGACACGACUCGCGUAAUACACGUGUCCGUGUAAAUUUGUGUCGUACGGUAAGGAAAAAAGAUUUAGCGAUUCGUUAAACAUGAGUCAUACAAAGUUCGAUAUUUUCGUGGGUACAACAUCUGGCAUCAUCAAAGGAUUAAAAAUCGGACAAACAAAGAAGGAGAACAAAAUAAAAAAUUUACAGAAAGUAUCCAUUAUCACAGAAACUGAUAAUGUGACUAGGAUAGCAUGGGGCGACGACGAUCGAGAGAUUUUGGUUGCAUGCAGCGCUUAUAAAGAUAACAAAGUAAAGAUCUUUGAUACGGAGAGUGGAGUACUCAAAGAUUGGUUUCCUUGUAACAUAGGCACAGAUAAAAUCAGUGGAAUAUCACGAUAUGGCAGAUCUAUUUUGACAUCAGUUAAAAGUGGGGAAAUAUGUUUGUGGACAGCAAAAAAAGGAGAGGUAUUGAUAAAAACUGAACAUAAUUUGAAUAGAAUGUGCCACUCACACGAGCACACCAAUUUAAUAGCAACCGGGGGAGAGGCAGAUAAUAGGCUAAGAGUGUACGAUCUAGAUGUGCAAAAAUCGAUAUUCUCUGCAAAGAAUCUUUCGCACGACUGGCUGUCUUUACGCAGAACUAUUCCAAUAUCAGACAUAAAUUUCUUGCCAGGAAAUCUACCAGUCACAGUCAGUAAAUAUGGGAAUAUACACCUGUAUGAUCCACGUUCUCAAAGACGUCCUGUAAUCGAUAUGACGGUACAAGAUGAAGCUUGGACCUGCUUAGAUAUCGCUCCGAAAGAAAAACAUAUCAUAGUGGGCUCAACUAAAGGCAAGCUGAAUCUCGUCGAUCUAAGAAAACCAGGCACCGUGCUAAACACGUACAAAGGAUUUAUCGGUGGUGUAACCGGAGUGGCUUGUAGCAAAACCAAUCCGUACGUCGCCAGUGUCAGCCUUGACAGAUAUCUGCGGAUACACCAUAUCCAUACAAAAGAAUGUCUCAAAUCCAUUUAUUUAACAUUGAAAUUAUCAUGUUUAGUAAUGAGAUCAGAUAUUUGUAUAGAAAUGGGAUACGAGAACGGUACAGAAAAUUAACCCUCAACUACAGCAAUGGGUCAUUUGGAUCCUAACCAAACAGUUUUGAAUGUUUAUACAAUCUGUACAAAUGGUACUAUUAUGAAGUUUUAAAUUGUAGGUAAAAAAGCUUUGAACCUUCCUUUGUCAAUCGCUGUAAAGCGAAGGUUCACUUGUUUACUUUAAAUAGGACGCUUUAGAAUUUACAAAGUUUCCUUGGAAGUGUCUUCCUCGGAUUUUGAUGAGCUUUGAAUAUGUUAUAUUUUAAAGAAAAAUAUUAAUUUUUUUUUAUAAAGGCCCACUUACAAGAUACA